AUGGCGAUCGAAGCAGUCACGAACGUCACGAAAGUCCAGGACGGCCCAAUGAUAGAUGACAAGCCUUCCACGAUAGUAACUCUGACCGCACAACAACUCCGAACGUCGAAAUUCCUCCCCAGCCUUGUCAACACAAUCAAUCAGGCAUACAAAGCCGCGGAGGGACAGCAUCUUGGCGAAAGCAAAGGCGAUCGACUGGGAUCUAUCGAUGAGCUUAUCCUUGUGCUACGCGAUGACCCGGAAUCAUUCAUCAUCGUCUUGACCCAGCCUCACGCCCCGGAAGAGGUACUCUCGACCGCGACUUCUCGAAGAUACUUUGGACCCAGUCCUGAUGCGAAUACAAGUCCUUGGGCGUGUGUUCACACUCCGGCCGCUGAUACUGAAGAAUGGGAAUUGAAGCUCUUGGCCACGAGUCCUGCUGCCCAAGGGAAGGGCAUUGCGAGUUAUAUGCUCGCACUCGCUGAGAAGGAGGCGACGGAGCGUUUUCGUGCAAAAUCCGGCCAGGGUGAAGGUGCCAUCACACACGCCAAGAUGAUCCUUUGCACACCCAAGCCUCUGUAUGGAAAAUUCUACGGCGGAAGAGGGUAUCGAGAAGACUACAUCAAGAUCAGGGAAAAACCUGAUAUGAGCUACGAAAUCACUUUCAUGUCCAAGGUCCUGGCUUCACGAUAA